AUCACUUACAAUCUGACAACCCUUCCAAUUCUCCUCAGAGCAACCCCCCUCUCCACAGAAGACCAGAGUAACCUCUUACAUUAGGAUCAUCAGGCUCUGAUAAACUGGAUUAUACCCAGAUUGCAGGAUCAGAUUGUAGGUCUCUUAUCAUUCUCCACCUUGCUGGGGGGAGGAGGAAGAAUCACACUCUUUCAUAAAUUGAAAGGCAAAAAUCAAAUUGAGAUCCAAGAAUUUAUUUGAAUUUUUUUCCAAAGGAACUGUGUUUGCACCAGUAGGUAUUCUUGCAGAAACAUGAGAAAAUACAGCUGGAACAUACCUUCAUGAUCCCAAUGCAUAGGAGAUCCCUGACACAGUGACCCCCUGCCCCAGUUCCACUGGCAGUGUUCCACAUCUCUGACUCCCUCUUCUCUCCAAAGUCUAUGGAAGGUUCACUACAGGACAUAACUACUGGAUAAGAAAAUAUCCGAGACAAGAGUGAGUAUGACCCAAAGGAAAAUGUGGUUGGAAUCUGGACACACCUUUGCAUCUUGAUCUUGUUGUUGAACUGUAGCAUAAAACACAUUGAAUCAGAUUUAAUGAUGGAGACAAAUUGGAUCAUUCAAUUGCUGCUCCUCUUGUCAGUUACCAUGUUUUUUGCCAUUGCUAUACCAAAUGAGCAGAAUCAGAAUGUGACAGAAGACUCCACUCAGUUGAGUGUGACUAGGAAUAAAAUUAUGACAGCACAGUAUGAAUGCUAUCAGAAAAUUACACAAGAUCCUAUUCGUAGUAAAGAAGGUCCUUACUGUAACAGAACAUGGGAUGGUUGGUUGUGUUGGAAUGAUGUUGCAGCAGGAACCGUAUCAAUACAACGCUGUCCUGACUACUUUCAGGACUUUAACCCAUCAGAAAAAGUUACAAAGAUUUGUGACCAAAAUGGAAACUGGUUUAGACAUCCCGAAAGCAACAGAACAUGGACAAACUACACCCAGUGUAAUCUCCGUACACAUGAAAAAGUAAAGACAGCCCUGAAUUUGUAUUAUCUGGCUAUCAUCGGGCAUGGUCUUUCAAUUGCAUCACUUUUGAUUUCCCUUGGCAUAUUCUUUUAUUUUAAGAGCUUGAGUUGCCAAAGGAUCACCCUACAUAAAAAUCUGUUUUUCUCUUUUGUUUGCAACUCCAUCGUAACAAUAAUUUGGCUGGCGGCAGUUGCCAACAACCAGCAGUUAGUUGCAACUAAUCCACUUAGUUGCAAAGUAUAUCAGUUCAUUUACUUGUAUUUAAUCGGUUGCCAUUACUUCUGGAUGCUCUGUGAAGGCAUUUAUCUGCAUACUCUCAUUGUGGUGGCUGUCUUUGCAGAGAAACAACACUUGAUGUGGUAUUAUCUUCUCGGCUGGGGAUUCCCAUUGAUCCCUGCCUGCAUACACGCUGUAGCAAGAAGUAUGUAUUUCAAUGACAACUGCUGGAUCAGUUCUGAAACUCAUCUGCUGUACAUUAUCCAUGGGCCUAUUUGUGCUGCUUUAGUGGUGAAUCUUUUUUUCCUGUUGAAUAUUGUUCGAGUUCUGAUAACCAAGCUCAAAGUCACACACCAGGCAGAAUCCAAUCUAUACAUGAAAGCUGUGAGAGCUACACUCAUUCUAGUGCCACUUCUUGGCAUUGAAUUUGUGCUGAUUCCAUGGCGACCAGAAGGCGGUAUUGCUGAAGAAGUAUAUGACUACGUGAUGCAUAUCCUUAUGCAUUAUCAAGGUCUGUUGGUGGCUACAAUUUUCUGCUUUUUUAAUGGAGAGGUCCAAGCUGUUUUGAGAAGGCACUGGAAUCAGUACAGAAUGCAAUUUGACCACAGCUUCACUCACUCAGAUACUAUGCGCACAGCUUCCUACACGGUAUCAUCCAUCAGUGAUGUUCAGGGCUACAGCUUCAAUCACGAUUUCACGAAUGAGCAUUUAAAUGGAAAAAGCUACCAUGACAUGGAGAAUAUUGUUUUAAAAGCUGAAAAGCUGUAUGGUUGACUGCAGAAAUGCUGUAUUGCCCGCAUUCUAGUCCUCAUAGUUCAUGAACUUGAAGUUUGAGUUAAUGACUUCGUGGCCAGAAGAUUUUUACCUCACUUGGGACAUGUUUUUCCUGAAUGAUGCAAACUUAAAACAAUGCAUUUCUCAUGUGUAUAUACAUAUGCACAUAUAUGUUCAUACAUAGAUAUAAGUACAUAUAUAAAGAACCAGACUUUGCCUCUUCUGUUUCUACUGUGUAGACCAAGUUGGCAAUUAUUUGUACGCAGGGAAUCAAUGAAGGAUUUCUUAUUUUCUUGAAAGUUUGUGUAAAGACUGUGUUGUAUUGAAAGCCAUUUCAUUUACCUGCAAGAACUCAUCUUGUAAAUACUGUCUUAAUCAUAAUAUAUUUGCUAAAUUCAGCCAGUACACACAACCUAAAUCAGUGGUUAAGAUUGAACUCUGUCAGCAAAGACAGAUUGUUGAAGAUAAUUGAGUCUGAGAUGUUGAUAUGUAUCUGGCUCAUUUUUUGCCACUAUUUUAAACCAGGCAUAUUGUAAAGGCAUCCAGAUGCCAAUGCCCGAAAUCUGAGGGAUGACACCCCAGCUGCUUCUAUUCUGCAAUGUAAAAUUUUACAAGAUGUUUUUAAUUAUUUUAGUUAGUAUACAGACAGCCUGAUCCUGCCACUAAUGACGUAAAUGGAAGUUUCUUAUUGACUUUAAUGGGAGCAGGACCAGUGAGAUCCUGAUCUGGAAAAGCUGAUAAGCCCAUCUUUAUCUUUGACUUUGAUGGAACUUAAACUAGUGCUUAAGAUGUUUGUAAAAGUCAAGCAGGAUUGCUGAUUUAGAGCAAGAUUGCAUACAUGUAAAAAAAAUAUUUUCCUUGCCACAUGCCUGAUACCUUAGUUUAUCAAUCAGGCAAAACAAAUCCCAUUGAUACAGUGGGAGUUUUGGCUGAGAAAGGCAUGCAAGAUUGGAUGACAUGCAAAUAAAUAUUAUCGUAGAGCCAGCUUCUUUAGCCUAGCCUAGAGUAAUAAGAAAAGGUGGCUUGGGGCAUUUUCCAGUGGUUUUUGGAAAACUUAUCAAGUCUGUUAUGAAAAUCCUUUGGAGCCUUUCUGAAGUGCCUUGUUUGGGAAAUUCAGUAUUAUUUUGUGGUGAUUGAUUGUAUAAGGCUUGAAUCUGUUAAGGUCUUAAGAAAAAUAUGUCUUUAAAGACAGCAUUUUAUGUGUGUUUUUAAAUGUUUUAUGUUUUAAACAAAUAGUGUAUUUUCAAUACAAGGGAAGAAAAAUCAAAAGGGGGGCACAUGAUAAGAGGUUACUUUAGUUCUCAAAAAGUCUUAUUUAAAAGUAUUUUUUAAGGCUGAAUAAAGUGAAAUAAACAGAAAUGGAUGAACAAUCUAGUACUGUGGAUGGUAGAAUAUUGCAUGCAAAAGUAUUUCUGAUUCAUUAAAACCAACACCAGAGGCUUAAAAAAUACUUUUUCAGAACAGCUCAGUUUUAAAGGCUUAUUAGUGAAUAUGAAAAAUUCAGUUUUAGCCUUUAAGGGUGAUGUCAUUAGUCUUCUAACAGACUUCAAUAGACAGCUAAUUAGCCAGCCAUCAUAAGGCUUUUCAGUUUGAGAUUUCAUAAGAAUGUGAAUAGUUUUUGUCUUCAUCACAGUCGUUUGCAACUUUAUGUAUACGUUUAAACCUUCUAUUGGCUGGUGAUUUAAUGUAGAAGAAAAGCCUUUAGUCGGUGGAUUACUAUUAAUCAUAAUAAGCUAGAAUCUCAGUUGCCCAGAUCAAGAGGUCUGUGCUGAUAGUGGAUAGUCUGACAAAAAAAUGUAUGAGGGUCACUCAGAAGCUGUGCUUGUACCAGUGCCAGAAAUCAGACGUCACAGUGUCAUUGUGUAAAUGCCAGCUGCUUACAAAUGUCCUUACUGACCAAGUUGCUUGAACAACAAUUUAAAAAAAUUUACUCUGGCUGAAACCCCCAGCAGACUUUCACGCAUGGGACCAGAGCCAGAGCUGCUGUAAAUCAUAUGGCUCUCUUGAAGUCAAGGAAGUUACACUGGCUUACACCAGUGGAGGAACUGGCCCAUAUUGUCCAUGUGUCUUCCAGGCAGACAUUACAGACUUAAAACAUUUUAUACAAUUUGAGCAGCUGUGUAAUUCAAAAGUACCUGGCCAGACUAACAUGAUUAACCCAUAAAGGGCAGUCAAUGUAAUUGCGAAGGGUUAAAUUUUAAGGGCCUAAUGUUCCCGUUAGAUGAUGCAGCUCUACUGAUUUUACUGGGGUUUUUACUUCUUAGCAGAGGGGAGUAUUGGCUGCUCAUAGCUCCAUUAGGGAGCUGUGGAUUGGGAAGGUGCGGGGAAGAAUGAGGUUCACAGCUUCUGGUACAAGAGCCGUCCUAACAGCUCAGGGUGACAGGCCCAAUGUAGUGCCAUGUACGCUCUUAGAAAAGAAACAGCAUGCAGCAGGUGAGAAACAAUCCUUUGUGGCCAUGGUGUGCCAAAUGGUGUGGUAGCUACAUUUUGUCCCUAAGCAUGAGGUAGACCUUCUUGCGUAUGGCUGUUGUAUUAGAGAAUAAGUUCCCUACACCCUCUUCUUACAAUACCCCUCUCACAUACCCAGGGAGCCAAGAACAUGGUCUAAAUGCUCCUUUAUCAGAAUAAAUUUGAAUUAAAUCCUUACGCUAAUUUCUCACAUGGUCUUUUUUAUACAUACUUUGUACUGUGUUUGGGACAAAUACUGGUGUAGCUCCUAUCUGUGCUCUGAAGGAAUACAGACAGUUAUGGGGGUUUUUUAAGAGUUCUUUUUACCAGGCAAGCAUUUCAUAGUAACUGUAGUUUGCUGUUAGUAUGUUAUUCAGUGAGGAUUUGCAGUCUCAAAGAGGGUUGGGAGACUACCUGUCUUGUUUAGGAUCUCAUUUUGUAUUUGGCAUCUGUAAUACUAUGAUAUUAGUUUUAUAUGUUUAUGGAUAUUACUUCAAAUGAGAGAGAGUGUCUAUUUUUAUGCUACUGCUGUCAGUUAAUAAAAUGCCACAAAGAAGUUAGGUCAUGCUCACUGCUGGGUGCUCACUUGAUUCCAUUUUUUAAAAUGUUAAUUUACUAAUUGUUUUGUCAUUCAUUAUUUUUCAAGGUUAUGAUCUAUUAGAGUAUUUGGCCGAACACAUGCUAACGUAUAGCCUCCCAUGUUACCAUUUCAUGUCAUAAAAGAGUCAUGCUAGAAAUCAAGCAACAUUCAAAACUAUUGUACAAUGUAAAUAAGAUUAAUGGACUAUAGCAGUGUAUUUAUUGCUUAUAAAGUAAGAACAAAAUGAAAAAAUGUGAAAUUAUUUUUGGUCUUAUUUUCACUCUAUUCCUAAGAAACAUUCAUUUUAAUUGUUGUCAAACAAAGUAUUAAUUUUCUGAUCAAUAAAACAUUAUUAUGCUUA